UUUUGAUGCUACGUCGAUCAUUUCUGUCAAGCCUUGCCGGCGAUGAAUUAAUUUAUAUUUAUUUUCUAAGAAGAAAGUUAAAGAUAUCCUGAAAAUAAUUUAGAAAUAAAGUAGGAUUAUACAAAUUCUACUUUUAAAAUGUACUUUCGUGCAUUUUUAUUAGUAAGCAUCCUAGCACUAGGCAAUGCCAACACACUGCAGGGCACGAUCGACGUGAAGCGGCUGGAGGGCAUCCUGCAGGAGAACCUGAAGAGCAAGGACCUCAGCUCCCUGUAUUAUGCGGUGAAAGGGCUGAAGCAGCUCAAUGCCAAAAUCCCUAACAUCUGUGAGGACUUAAAAACCAUAAAAUAUGACCUCAAAAACAUUGAGCAAGUGUACUACCUCACCAACACAGCAGCCCUCUCCAACUGCCUCAACUCCCUCAAGCCAGAGGUCCUGAGCGCCCCCGCCCAGACCCUGGACAAGAAGGACGCCACCAUCCCGGAGCUGUACCAUGCUGUGUACUCACUGAAGGCCCUUGGAAAGGGCUCAGUGUAUGAUAAGGAGGACGGGCUCAAGAAUCUCAUUCAGCUGCUGAAGAAGGAUGAUUCUCCAGCUAACUAUGGCUACGUGUUCGGCCUCUGCGAGCACAUGGGCUGUCUGGCGUGGAGCGCGCAGCACGCGGAGGGUGUCCUGCUGGCCGCCGACGAGAGCGACGCCAAGGCCCUGCACUUUGAAGGAGGCCUGCCAGUCACUUCUCUAGUACUCUCCACCAUCCUCAGGACAUACAAGUCCCUGUCGAAGCCGUCACCCCUGACCGAGGAACAGAAGCUGAAGUUCGCCACGUACCUGGUGUCGCGGCGCUCCGUCAACACGGCGCGCGGCGCGGCGCUGCUGCUGGAGGCCGCGCAGGCCCUCGCUGAUGAUCAGCCAUCACCCAUCUCCAUCGCCAUCAAAGGCAAGAAGUACAUCUCCUCCGACUCGGACUCCAUCGAGAUCUCCAUCACGGACCUCCUCGGGCGCCCCGUCAAGGGCCUUAAGGCCGACAAAGUUCUCGCCCAGUCCGGCACCAGGCUCGCCGAUGAUGUAGUUGUUCUAUCCAAACAACCUUUAACACAGAAGCCGAAUGAACCUACUACUUUCAUCCUGAAUUUAAGCAAGAUUAAGGCUCAGUAUGGCUUGUACAAGAUAGCCUUAAGCGCGGAUAGCAAGACGGCUAGUGUGAAUGUAGCGGUGCUAGGAGAGAUCCAAGUGGGGAGUGUGGAGGUCGGCAUUGGGGAUGUGGACGGAACGACUAGUCCGAAGCUCACCACGGUGGCCUACCCGAACAAACUGGCGGAGAAGCUGCAGGCCGAUCAUAUGCAGAAGGUGACCUUGAAGUUGACCGUAAAGGACAAGUACGGAGCCCCGGUGUUGGUGCAGCAGGCCUUCGUCCGCGUGGCGCCCGCGGCAGCGGCCGGGGACCUCGAGGCCAUCUACGUGGCGGAGCCCGACAACGCCAAGGCCUACAAAGUGGACCUGAACGUGGGUGCCAUCUCCAAGCACUUGAAGCACCGUUCGGGCGCGUAUUCAUUAACGCUGUUCCUGGGAGACAGCGCCGCGGCCGCGCCCAUCGCUUGGCACCUCGGCGACGUGCUCUUCAACUUCGGACAUGAAGUCGCGCUACCAGCCACCCCGGCUCCGGCCGCCCUUGGGCCGCUGGCCGAGAUCUCCCACCUGUUCCGUGACGCGGAGCCCCGGCCGCCGCGGCUCGUGUCCGACGUGUUCGCCGUGGCGUGCGCCGCGCCGCUGCUGCUGCUGCUGGUGCUGUGGGCCAGGCUCCGGGUCAACCUCUCCUACAUGCCGUUCACGCCCAGCAUGCUGCUGUUCCAUCUAGGCUUGGGAGGUUCCCUGGCCUUGUACGGCGUGCUGUGGCUGCAGCUCUCCAUGUUCGAGACGGUGCGCUACCUGCUCCCCCUCGCCGCCGUCACCUUCCUGGCCGGACACCGCCUGCUGCGCCGCCUCGUGGCCGACAAACAACACUAAUCUCUCAACAACUUUGUUGUGAGCUAGCCUUACCAGAAACUGCACGAGAAGAGAAUAACUAAAGCGAGUCUUAAGUGUUCGAGUCAAGAGUCGACCAAGCCUCACUCACAUUUACUUUGACAAGCUGUCAUACAUUCAAUAUUACCUAUUAACUUAUUAGCCAUAUUAAAAACGGCCUGAAAACGCAUCAUCUACAAACGUUCUUAGGCAAGUUCUAGCUAAACAAACCCCUUAUUGAUAAACGCACUACAAACCUCAAUUAGCUAAUAAUCGUUUGUCCAUAUCUGUCAUUUUGACUUUUGUAUUUGUAAGAAAGGGAUAAAACAUAAUUAAUUUAAAUCAGGCCCGUAAAGUUUUAUAAAUAAGGGGUUUAGUUUAUGGCGUAAAUAAACAAAUAAUCUUAAAUUAUAUUGAGUGAGGCAUUAGUGAAGUGGGAUGAUUUUAAUUAAGAUUCAGUUUAACCAUGCAUUGUUUAACUAAAUAGACUGCUAGAUCUUACAGAACGUCCUCAAAUAAAAUAUGAAUAAAUUGUGCAUGGAUUUACUGAAUUUUCCAUUUGUAAUGAUUAAUGAUAAUGAUAAUAAAAUGGAAGGAUGUGAAGUGAGAUUUACGAGUAUCAAUAUUUAAGAUAAAAUUGCAAUAUCUGAAGUGAUGUACGAUGAAACUAGAUACAUAUGUUAGAAUGUAUUGUCUGUACGGAAAAUAUGCACAAAGAGAGUGCAUAGUCAUAACAAUUUACUAUUUAUUUGUUCGUGUGUAAUGUGCUCUUAUAAUUUUUUACCAAUCUGAAAGCGAUGUCUAUUACCUUUUUCUCACAAAAUUAUAAAAAAUACACGCGUGGAUUGAGUUCCCUUCAAAUUUAAGUUUAUGUCAUUCCUCGUUCUCUGUGGCAUAUUUCAUUGCUUAAGAAUUAAUCAAGGAAGUAUGCUUCAGGGUUCCGAUAAUUAUAGAUUUUAUAAAAUAAAGAUGUUGUUUCUUUUAA